UCAUGCUGCUGCCAGGUCCAGAGGUGUCUCAUGGGUCCCUGUACGGCCUCCCAUUGCUGCUGUCGGCUCCAUCGCCACACUCUGCCAUGUGCCACUUUCAGGUCUCCUCACACUGCUGGUGGGUUCCCAUUUUGUCAUUAGGGUGCUGGCAGAUUAGGGGCCUCCCAUUGCUGUUGCCAGGCCCGUAAUCUGUCAUGGGCCCCUGUACCGCCUCCUCAUGCUGCUGCCAGGUCCAGAGUGUCUCAUGGGUCCCUGUACGGCCUCCCAUUGCUGCUGUCUCCAUCGCCACACUCUGCCAUGUGCCACUUUCAGGUCUCCUCACCUGCUGGUGGGUUUCCAUUUUGUCA